CUUUUGACCUUCGCCAUCCACUGGCCGCCUUGUUUGCAGAUGACUCCUCUCUCGGCCUGCAACUUCGGUCCAGAGGUCACGGCCAACGUGUCUUCGCUGACGGCCUGCGCCACGGCGCUGCGCGGACAGCUCGAAGCUGACGAGGUCCGCUUCGAAGCUGACGAGAGCGAGACGAACACCUUCUAUCUGCUCUUUUGCGCGGCUCUAGUUUUUCUCAUGCAGGCGGGCUUCGCGCUGCUCUCGGCGGGAUCGGUACGCAUGCGCAGCGUCAAGAACAUCCUUCUCAAGUCCGUCAUGGACGCGUGCUUCGGCGGGCUGGUCUGGUACCUCAUUGGGUUCGGCUUUGCCUAUGACAAGAGCGAGGACGGGAACGCCUUCAUCGGCGGCAGCGGCCACAACUUUGCCCUCUCCGGAGCCGACGACACGACCGGCAAAAAGGACUACGGGCACGACGCCGUCUUCUUCUUCUUCCAGUACUGUUUUGCGGCGGCGGCAGCGACCAUCACGUCCGGCGCUGUGGCGGAGCGGUGCACGCUGGUUGGCUACUGCGCGUACGUCUUCGCCAUCGUCGGCUUCGUAUACCCGACGGUGGUGCACUGGGUGUGGGACGAACACGGCUUCCUCUCCGCCUUUAACAAGGACGCGAUGCUCACUGGCAUGGUCGACUUUGCGGGCUCCGGCGUCGUGCACAUGACGGGAGGCAUCUGCGCCUUCACCGGUGCCUUCAUCAUCCGACCUCGCAAGGGCCGAUUCGGAGAGCUGCCCGAACACGCCUUCGCCGGCCAGUCGGCGUCCCUGCAAGUGCUGGGCACCUUUUUGCUCUGGUUCGGCUGGUACGGCUUCAACCCGGGCUCAACCCUCGCGCUCCACAACUACGCGCGCGACGCGGCCCGCGCCGCCGUCACGACGACGCUCUCCGCCGCCACGGCCGCCACCACGGGGAUCCUCCUCAAGCGCUUCGCGCCCGGCUCCUGCGGAGGGUCGCCCGGCGUGUGGGACCUCGGCCACACCUGCAACUCGCUGCUGGGAGGGCUCGUCUCGAUCACCGCCGGCUGCACGACCGUCGAGAUCUGGGCGUCGGUCGUCAUCGGCUUCAUCGGAGCAUUCUUCUACCACGGCGCCUCGUGCUUGAUGCGCAGGCUCAAGAUCGACGACCCGCUCGACGCCUUCGCUGUCCACGGCGCGUGCGGUCUGUGGGGCUGCCUCGCCGUCGGCUUCUUUUGCACGUGCGACUACUCCUACACGGAGUCUGGCACGGCGUGCGGCGUCUUUUACGGCGGCGAUGGCCUCUUGCUCGCCACGCAGAUCGUCGGCACGGUCUUCAUCACCCUCUGGGUCGGCGCGCUGAGUGCGAUCCUCUUCUCGGGCCUCAUGGCGGGAGGCUUGCUCCGCAUCUCGAAAGAAGUCGAGGACGCCGGCCUCGACAACAGCAAGCACGGCGGCGCCGCCUACCCGGACAUCGCCACCGCCAUCGAAGAGGCGACGGAGAGGAUCACGCCGAAGAGGAUCACGUCUGCGACGGAUGCGGCAGGCGCGUAGUGCUGGACGCAGCGGCGCACGGCAGGAACCCGAAUCCGACACAAUAUGCGCCGCGUGCCCGCGUGCCGCGGUGCACGCGGAUGGGGGAGCGCGGCAGCGCGGCCCCCUAAGGCGUCAGACGGAUGUGUUGCGGACUGACUCGCGCAUCGUCACUCGUGGUGCACUCUUGUCUCUCAUCUGCUUUCGGGGCUGGGGGGGGGGGGGGGGGCUACUCUGUUCCCGAGUACGCGUGUGGCUUGAGCUGUUGAGCAUGUGAGCAUGUCCAUGACCAUGUGUGAAAAGGCAUGUGUGUUACGUUGUGGGCUAAGAGACCUAGGUACAAGGU